CCGACACAGGAGGCGAUCCUCAACCCAUACAAUAAACGAAUCGGACAAUAUAACAGUUAAGAAAAGUGAGUCGAAUGGACGGCGAUUGUCAUUUAAUGACAUUUUAGCAAACGAGCAUGGGAGCCUUCCGAAAUUCACUCGAUCAAUAAGUUCAACAUGUACUGGCAGUCGCGAUACGUCAAGGGCGACGACUCCAAUGAGCACGCCUUCGCCAACCAUUAGCAUAACAGCGCCUUUCGAGGGCUUCCAGAACACAAGGACACUGACUCGAAGGAACUCGUUUUCACAAGAUAUCAAGUCAUUCAACGUAUUUGUGAAGGUACUGCUUGUUGCAAUAUUCCUAAGUGUUGGACUAGGAGUGUACUUCAAACUGAGAAAAAUUGAUUUUAUGUAUUGAACAUGUUAUGUUGUUAGCCUUACGCCAGGCAUAGUGCAAUGCUUUUAUGAACUACAAAUAAAAUAUUACAUUAAGAAUGGAUACCAGUAUAUUAAAAUGAUUCGAUUCUGUGUAAUAAUAUACAAAUGCUUCAGGUAUUGCUGAAUGAGGUAUGAUGGCAAUACCAGCUAGUUUUCUGUUUCAAUUGUAAAUCCUUGUAAACGGGACUGUUGACGAAAUCCCUUGACGUUUGGAAAUCGGAAAAAGCUAACAAACUUUUCCAAAUUGUCCUAAUUUUUCUGGUUCAUAGUCUUCAUAUCAUUCCUCGUAAUUGAAAUGUUAAAUUUUCUAAGAAUUUAUUUGUUUACUUUAUUUCAGAUAGUUUUUGAUAUUUUAGAUAAUAUCCAAAUUGUUUUUUUGGUCCUAAACUUCACCAUGACAACAUACAAUAAAAUAUCAUGAUUCUUUUUGAGAUGUAUGUUUAAAAUGAUAAUAUGAUAAAUGAUAAGGAAUGUUGCUUGCAAUAUUGUCCAUUCUUUUAUCCCGUCC